GAACGGCGAGCGGCGGCGCCGCGUCCUCUCCUCCCCUUGGCCCGGUGCGCGGUUGGUCGGGUCCGAUAAGAUGGCGUCGGGGCGCGGCUGCGUGUCCCCCGCUGUUCCAGCCCCGCGCCCGCCGUAGCCGGCGCCGGGAGGCAGCGGCGACCCCCGGAGCGCGAUGGGAGAGUGGGAGCGGGUGUUCCGGCAGCACCAGCCGCUCCCGCCGCACCCGCAGCGGGGCCGCGUCCGCCCCUCGCCCCGCUCUGCCGCCUUCCGCUGCGUCCUCAAGUACCUGCACGGCGCUGCCCUCGCCCAGGGAGCCGAGUACCAGCUGCGCCUGUCCCUUUUCGAUGCCACCUACCACCACUUCUUCGGGAGGACGUGGAGGAGCGGCUGGCAGGCUGCCCACGCUGCCCCGCCGCGCUCGUCCAGGGCAACCUUCAGCGAGACCGUUUACUUCCACACCUCCUUGAACCACCCUGGCAUCGUUGCUGUCGUGGAAGUGGUAGUGAAGGCUAAGAAAGGGGAUGAGGGCUCUCAGCACCUUUCCUGUGGCUUUGGAAUCAUCCCCCUCUUCCGCGGCGGAUCUGAGGCGACAGACCCGGCCACUGAGGACAGAGCGCUGAAGCUGUACCAUGGCACGCCGCGGGCCCUACUGCACCCACACUUCCAGGACCCUGCAGAAAAGAACAAAUACCUGAUGGUGAUGGAGAAGAGCCACCUGCAGUAUGCCCUGAAGCACCACGAGCCCCUGGAGACAAUAUUUCACCUCCUUCCUGAAAACCUGCUGGUAUCUGGGCUGCAGACGGUUCCUGGCUUGCUGCCAGCAUGUGGAGACACGAGUGACUGCUUCCAGAAGCCCCGGCUGAUGAAGGCGGUCACCUGCUAUCUGGAACAGUUGUCUGUCCAGCUGUACCCUUCCCUGGAGGAAUUUGAGGAGGAACUGCUGGACUUCCUGAACAGUGAUCGCUUACUUCAGGCUAACGCCGUGCCCGACGGUGACGAGGUGGCCAUUCGGGAGCGGCGGCUGCACGUCGGUGUCCACAACGGCCUGCGCUUUGUGCGGGUGCCGCAGGUUGCGGUGCUGGUGCCAGAGACAGAGGUGGUGCCAGGCGGCUGCCGAGGGGCGUCCGGCUCCAGAGCCAGGGAUGCAGGUCAAGCCCUGGUGCUGAGGAGCCGCAUCCACCUGAGUGAAAUGGUCCCUCACCCGGCAUUCAGGGUCUGCUUCCAGCUGGAAUACGUCCUGUGCAGCGCAGGGAGAGCCGGUGGGAAGGCCGUGCCCGGCAGUGCCCGCGGUGAGGCGGCCGACAUGCGCUCGGUGCGCUGGGCUGUCUGGAGCCCCGACCCGGGCACCGGUGACACAGAGGUGGUCCUGCCCCUGCGUGGCGGUGCCCGCCGUGGCCCCUGCCAAGCCUUGGUCUACCGGACGCCCGCAAGCAGCAGGAGCUCCCGGCAGGGGAAGCACGUGGAGUCUGGGACUGUCCGAUUCCAUGUUUCUACUGAUUCGGAAGAACAUCUUGUAACUGCUGCGGAGAUCCUAUGUAAAGACAGGGACGAGUCGGAGCAGCCUCCUACGCCAUCGCUGAGAGUGCCAGCCCCACGGCGAGUGUCGGCCUCCCCACGGGGACCAGGGCUGUCUGUGUCCCAGCUCAUGGCCUCGCCACGGGGCAAGGACCAGACCCCACUGCAGGAUGGGGGCAUCACCCACCUGGAGGCCGACCUUGGCUCACUGGACACAGAGCCCGGCGCCAGUGACCAGCUGCGGGCGCUGCCCUUCACCCCGCUGCAGGUGCCCAUGGCCGCCGUGGGUUUGCAGGCAGGCAGUUCCUGUGUGUCCCUCUCCCGUGCCUCCCUGGCGCGCCUGCACGCCGCUGGCUUUCCGGACAUCCUGGACCGCAACCAGGAGCCGGUGGAAAUUUCGGAGCCAGUGGAGCUAGGCAGUUUCAACCCACGGCUGGAGGAAGCUGACCCUCUGCAAGGCAAUGAAAUAAUCCUGCAGUUCCUGGCUUUUGGCAGGGAUGCCCAGGGCAGUGUGGAGGGGCCAUGGCCGAGGACCAUCUUCCUCACCUUCCAGUUCUACCGCUUCCCGCCGGUCACCACGCCACGGCUGCAGCUGGUCAUCCCGGAAGGGGGGUCGGUGACCGGGCUGGCUGUGCCGGCACAGCUCCUUGUCCGGGUGAACGAGGACGGGACGCUCGGCACCAGACCCCCGGGCUUGCAGCUGAAGUACAUGGUGGAUCCGGCUUUCCUGCGGCCUGGAGAGCAGCGCUGGUUCCUGCGGUACCUGGCCGAGCACAGCCUCCAGAUCGACGUCUGGGAUGGAGACUCCCUGCUCCAUGUUGGGUCUGCUGCUGUUAAAUUGGAGCCCCUGCUGCGCCAGGGCCAGGCAGCCGUCAGGACCUACCACGAGCUGGAGGUGGCCACGACCGAGUACGAGCCGGAGGGGCCGGUGCUGGGCCGGGAGGCGCUGCGGCACGGAGCCCUGCGGCCCCUCGGCGUCCGCGUGGCUCUGAGGGGCCGCCUCCACCUCUGCCUGGCCAACGUCGGUCACCCGUGUGAGGAGAUUUCGGGGCAGCUGCCAUCCCGCUCCCGCAGUGUCCCUGCACCAGACAGCACUGUCACCAUCCCAGCUGGCAGCUGGCACUCCCUGAAUGCUGGUGGUGGCGGGCGGACGGUGCGGGCACGGAGGUUGGUGGACGUGGACAGUGAGCUGGAGGCCGCCCUGCGCAGUCGCCGACCAGAAGGCUGGCCGAAGCAGCGUGCUUGGGACCUGCAGGUCAUCAACUCCUACCGGGAUCACAUCAAGGGCGAGAGCAUCUACCGGGUGCUCAGCCAGGCCAUCACGGCCACCCGCACUGUCCACGCCGUGCUGGGGACGGCUGAGUUCUUCGAAUUUGCCCUGAAGAACCCAUACAGCAUCCAGCACACUGUGACCAUCGAGGUCGACCACCCUGAGCUCAGUGUCAUACUGGACCCGAGGGAGUGGCGCCAUUUCAAGGAGCUGACCAAGAGUGUUACGCCAGUGGAGGAGGAAAUGUUCCAUCUCCGUGAUGACCUCAAGCCUCAGGUCUACCUGCGUCCCAGUGAGACUGUACACAUCCCCUUCAAAUACCAGACCUUCUCCGCAGACCCUGCCGUCACUGUGGCACAGGGGCCAUCUGGGCUGGGCACCGGUGCCAAAACAGACACCUCCUCCCUUGGGAAGAGCGGGACUGGGCGGACUAAGCUUAUCCAGGUCUCCUUCCAGGUGAGCGGGGGGAAGCCCAUUGCGCUCCUGCGGGUGAAGGUGGAGCCACAGCCCCACGUGGUGGACCAGACCUUCCGCUUCUACCACCCGGAGCUCACCUUCCUGAAGAAAACCAUUCGGCUGCCACCCUGGCACACCCUCCCUGGCACACCGGUGGGGGUACCAGGGGGACAGCCUGAGAUGUUUGUUCGUUGCAGCGACCCCGACAUCAUUUGCGAAACCAAAGCCUUGGGGCCUGGCGAGCCACAGGACAUCUUCCUCAAAGUAGCCGGAGGACCAAGUCCACAGAUCAAAAAGUUCUUUGUUGCUAUCUAUACGGACGCCUGGCUGGCAGCACCUGUCCAGAUCUGGCAGUUCUACCUGCACUCUCUGCAGCGCCUGGAUGUCACCUGCACGGCCGGGCAGCUCACCCGCCUCUCCCUGCUGCUGCGCGGCACCGCGGCCCCGCGGAGGGUGCGGGCCUUCACCUCCCACCCCCAGGAGCUGGAGGUGGAUCCAAACGGUGCCUUCCUUCUCCCUGCCAAUGGCAUCCAGGACCUCUAUAUCGGUGUGAGGCCGCGGCGGGCUGGCAGCAAGUUCAUCUACCUCAACCUGGUGGACGUGGAGUAUCACCAGCUGGUGUCCUCCUGGCUGCUCUGCCUGUCCUGCAGGCAGCCCCUCAUCUCCAAGGCCUUUGAGAUCUCGCUGCCCGCGGGAGGUGGGAGAGGCUGCAACAAGCGCAUCACCUACACCAACCCCUACCCCUCACCCCGGCUCUACUUCCUGUGCACCAACCGCCCCGACCUGCUGCAGUUCAAGGAGGACUCCUUUGAGGUGGCUGGUGGGGAAGUUUACACCAUCGGGCUGCGCUUCGCCCCGAGCCAGGCCGUGGGGGAGGAGGAGAUCCUGAUUCACAUCAAUGACCACGAGGACAAGAACGAGGAGACCUUCUGCGUGAAGGUCCUUUACCAGUGAGCCCACCUGCCCACCGUGGCAAAGCACCGGUUCCUGCGCCAGCUGAGGCCUCACCGGCAGCGCCGCCUUGGGGGUGCCCGUGUUGUCUGAUGGGGGUGAUGAGCUUGGUCCCCUCGUAGUCACCUCGCCAAACCAGGGGUCUCUCUGUCCCUGGGAUCCCCGGGCACUGCCGUGAGUGCCGGUGGUGCCACAUGGCUCCAUCCGCACAGAGCGGGGAGAGCGGAUGUGUUUGUUACAGCACUUUACAACCACAGGAUCUUUAUUUUUGUUAAACAUGACAAUAUAUUAGGCACUUUGGAGUCUUUUUUUAACUUAAAAAGUUUGCAGAUUUGAUUCUGCGGAAUAUUUUUAAAGUAUUUUGGACUCUAUAGUGAGUUUUGUACACGCUGAAGUGGUUUUCUGGGAUUUUUUGAUACUUUUUACUCAUCCUUGAUCCAUUAAAAUUGCUGUGCACAACUGGCAGAGUGCAGCAGCAUUUUUUUCAGGAGGAGGUGGAAAUCUGCAGUGUCCCUGUCUUGUAGAGGCGAGUGCUGGAGGUCCUUUGUGUCACCCCCAUUCCUUGGAGCAUCCUGGAGGUCAGGGCAGGGACUGUGAAUGGGAAUGGUGGGAAGGGCAGCCCACCACCCUGGAAAUGCUGCCUUGCUCUUCAGUAAUUCACCCGAGGCUGGUGAAUCAGUGGCCCCAAUGAAGUCGGGUGCUGAGUUCCUCUGCCUCCCUCGCACUGAUGGGAAAUGACAGCUCAUAUUUUAGAACUGAUUAUACUGUCUGCGGCACAGGGAGGCCCUGAAGUUGUGUUAUUAAAGUAGAUUAGCUGAAUAAUUUUUAUUACAUUUUCACACAACGAUAUUUCUUGAGGCUUAUGAAUGAGCUGGUGCUGUACCCGCAGCAGAGGCAGCCUGAGUGGUGAAUGAUGUGCCAGGCGUUCGGGGGACGCCAACACAGGGACUCGAGCUAAGCUGGUGCUCGUGGGGUGAGUGCUGCCUGCUCCCCUGGAGCACAGGGCUGUGGCCCAGCAUCUAGAGAACUUAAGAAAAAGAAUGUUAAGAAGAGUUGAUAAAACUUUUCCCUUAGGAAGUGGAAGUGUUUUGUGUUCCAGCUCCUUGGCAUUACAGCCCGGGCCCUUGGAAGUGCUGCUGCUGCCCACUGGAACAUGGGGCAAGCGUGGGGGCAGCUUCCUGGGCUCCCCCUUGUUAAUGAAGUCCUCCCCACUAAUGACAGUGAACUCGGAGUGCCUGUGCCCGGCCUGCAGCUUGGUGUGCUCUUCCCGUUUGCAUUCACAUCAGGAAAGAAACUGGAUUCCAGUAAUUUGACAGAAUUUGCACUGAAAAUCUCAGCUCAUGUCUCAUCACCCAGGUGCACAGGGAGGGAAAGGAUGGGGAAGCCUUUCCACGGAUUCAGUAACUCUUGGGGGUGCUGUGCCCUCCUGGAGCAGAGACAGAUGGGACCCUCUGGGGACCAGAGUGUGUCUGCCUUUGUGAAGGCACUGCUGGGGCAGCAGCAGAGGAAUAAGGAGAGGGGAGAGACCUGCAGCACCUGGGGCAGGGAGGGACCACUAAACAGUGGCAACUACUAAUGAGAAAAUAAUAAGAAGAAACAUAGGCAUUGGGUGCAAGGCUCCUGCAGCAGCUAAAGCCCAUUGGGAAGCUGGCUCCCAGGGUGCCAGGGCCUCCGCCGCCAGCCCAAACUUUUAAACCCAGCUUGUUUUCCCCAUUAUGAGGAAAUUGUGACUGCCUGAGAACCCUCUAAUUAAACAAAGCCUCACCAUAAUAUUUGCUGGGAGCUCGCCAGCCCUGUAAUAUGACAUUACCGGGCAUCUUUAUUAGCUGAAUUGGGUAUUUAGCAUCUCUGCCAAACUGAAAGGCAGUUGAGGCGUGUGGAAGCAGCACUGUAGGAUCCAGCAAAGGGUGCUAUGACCUGCUGGUGAGGCUCGGCCACACAGAGGGUGGCUGCAUCACCCUGGGGGGCUUCCCCCACAGACAGACCUCCUCUUGGUUAUUUCCCUGUCACCCAAAUCCAGCACAGCAGCCCCAGCAUGGGACUUUGGGAGGUUUAUUCCACGUUUCUCCCACUUGUCUCGCUGAAAGCGCGUCACCCGCUUGAUAAAACCUGAUUUAAUGGUUACAAAACCCGGAGAUAAAGCUGCUCUUAAUGGAUUUCUUUAAGAUCAAGGCUGUCAAAGACCAGGCUCAGAAUCCUUUCUACAGCGAGAGCGACUAUAUUAAGUGCACUCAAUCACGCCCAGGCGAAGGUUCCCUAAGUGAGACUCUGGCUGGAAGAAAUGCAUUUUAUUAGUGUCUCUGGAGAAAGGAGCUUGGCAGGAGGGAUGAGGAGCCUCCAAGCUGCGGAGGCUGCAGUCUGGUUCAGCUGCAAUGGAUGGGAUGUGAAGGACUCUGCAAAGCAUGUCCUUAAUCCCUGAUUGGGUCCUGCAGGGAGGAGGUUGAUGGGCACUGUGGUGACAUUGCACAAUGGUGACAUUGCAUGGCAGUGGCCCCUGUGUGGGGCAGGUGGCUGAUCAGGGAGGGAUGCUCACCUUGGGAUGGUGCUUACAAACACACCUCAAAAUCCUCUCUAUGGAGCUUGGCCCCUGCUGGGUCUGAGGGAGAGUGAGACAUUCAUGGUGGUGAUGCUCAAAGACUUUUGGGGGUCUUGGAUGGGACUCACCCCAGCCAGGGGGUGAAGGAGAGGGAUAUUGGCUACUCUGGGCGGACCAGAGCUUAAACAAAGAUUAGUUUUUCACAAUUUCCAGCUCCAGACCAGAGUUUAAACACAGAUUAGUUUUUCAUAACAAUUCACAGUUCCAUAAUGAGAAAUUUGCAGCAGUUCUAAACUGCUGGUUGCUUUUAAAUCAUUUCCCGUCUUUCUGUCUCAGGCUUGACAUUUGAUGACGAAUUGAGUCUCUGUGUUCAUUUACCCACUGAUUUAUUGUACAGAGGUGGGAAGCUGCGGCCACCUUAGUGAAGGUCAACACAGAGUGUUUGCUUGUAAUUUCCAAAGACUAUUAAGGUUUUUAAAUAAGCCCUGGGGUUGCUGUAGGCAAUGAAGGCCCCUCUGGUUAGGCUGCUCCUGCAGCAGAUCCCAUCAGAUGAUGAGGAAGGGUUUGUGAGCGAUCACUUGAGUCAUCGGUGUGAGGUGCCCAAAGGGGUACAUCAAAAUGCACCCCAAAGUCAUGUUUAGAGAGCACUUGAUUUUAGGGGCACAGCGAGCCGGGUGCUGACAGCCACUCCUCACCUCCCAGCCCAGAUUAGCAUGGGGUUCCCAUUCUGCUUUUCCCUCGCUCGCUGACCCUGUGCUCAUCCCUGGGAGGUUGGGGGGAGCUGCCCCACGGCUGCCCCAGGACGUUGCUUUGCCUCCUGCCGCAGGAGCCGCUGUUUGUGAAUCUGUUGGGCGGGUGUGAGCAGAGCGGGCUGUGCCAGGAGGUUCGGCUGCGCAAAUGUCACACCGAUCUUAUCUCGGGGGAAACAUCCCUCAGUAAUUACAGUCAAUGAAAAGUCCUGCAAUAAAAGCCUCGGAGGCUGCAGCCUUCUGUUUAUCUCUGAAGUACGUGCGGAGGGAGCUGGGAGCGGGAGGUGCCGGUGCCUGCGGUCCCUGCGGUGUGGGGACGGUGUCAGGGUUUGCCUUCACUUCGGGGGGUGGGCAGGAGGAUGCUCUGAGCUCUGCCUGCACCAACCAUCUGCCCCUGUGCUGCCAAUUAAUGAGCAAAUGCAGAAAAAAAGAGAAACGAAAUCUCUCCAUGGAUAAUUGGCACACAGAAAAGGGGCCAAAUGAAUUAAAUAAAUCCUUUGCCAUGACACUGGCCCCACUCAGCUCCCUGCCUCUCACAGCAGCUUUUCAAGCCUAAUGGUAUCAGAUACUCUUUUGGCACCCAUUUUCGGAGCUGCAUCCCACCCCUGCUGCUCCUUAAUGCAGCUCAUCUCCUGCCCGUGGCUCCCAGGGCCUCCACUGAAUCAGCACUUCAAAUUAAAGUCUUCCCCACUGCUCCCUGGUUUCCAUGGAGAUCCAAGUGGAUGCUCCUUCUUCCUCCUGAGUCGAUGGAGAGGCCCCCUCCUGGGGAUGGCCCUCAGGGGAACCUGGGGGUCCCUGAGCAUCCAGUGGCUCUGCAACUGCCUUUGCCAAGUGCUGCUGCCAGCAGACUUUGACUUCGGUCCUGGCGUGCUGGUGCCCUGUCCUGGUGCCCCGUUACACAGCAGAGAAUCGCACAGGUGCUGGGAACAGGCUCCCAGUGUAAGUUAUCCUCCCACACUGGAGCUGAUCCUACUGUGCUCUUCAGGGACCUUGGCCAGAAGAAACUCUUCUCCUCCGUUGGGAAGCAGCCCUUUGGCUGGACUAGGACCAGGUUGGUUUGUUUGUAUCUUUACUUAAACUAUGAAUAGACUUUGAAGUCUGCACAGAGGUUUCCUGAGCAUUGCCUGGAGCUGUUUGGCCAAAGCUGCUCCAGCAGUGGGAAUGGUGGUGGGAAUGCCCUCACAUGUGUGACUGAAUGGGCAAAUAGCUGUGAGACCUAAGAAACAACAGUAAUUACAGAGCAAAAUUGUUAUUAAUGUACUAAUUUACAUGGGAGUCAGGCUGUAUGUAAUUACACUUUGGGAUCAUGAUAAGGUUAAUGCAUUUACCUUCCUGGGUAUUUAUAGACACUUGGAAUUGUUCUCUCCGUAAGAACCACAUGUGUGUAUUCCUGGCCUUGUGGGUCUGGCAGCUGAAGAGGGGUCAUGGGCAUGAGGAGGUUUGUUGCUUUUUGCUAAUAUUGCUCACAGGGGAAUUUGGGGCAGCAGCAACCCUGGCUGCAUGGCUCUGGGGCAUCCCAGGGGAUGCUCACAGAGGGGAUGCAUCCAGCAGCUUCCCAGAGCCUCUUGGAUCAUGGUCAAACGAAUUUUCUGUGACAUGUAUACAGCACUGAGGGGAGCUGCCCCAAGGGCCAUCAACAUCUGGCAUUUGGCUACCUGGAAAUCCCCCCAGCCUCUGGGCUCAGCAGCAACCACCUGGGCUGGCAGAGGGAGCAGCAAACACGACCUGUUCAUGCUCAACAAAUCAGAACUUUUCGAACACCUUGGAAACUUUCUGAUAUUGGCAAAAAGCCUCUGCCUGUGAGGAUGCUGUUCCCCAUGCCAGGCCCACGUGUCUCCUUCAGCAGCCACUGCUCAGGUGGCCGUGGCCGUGGGUGCCCCAGAAAUGCCGGGCUGGAGCAGGGCUGUGUGUCUGCACAGGGGCUGGGGGGAGCCCAGGGACUGCUGCCCCGGCGCUCGGCAUCGCUCCGGCUGGGUGGGAAAGGGAACGAGCUGGGCAGGAUGGGACGGACCUCGGAGUCCCCCUCCUCAGGGACAUUCUGGCUUCUCCCCAGCGCCUCAGGAGCUCUGCCCUGCUCCAGCCCACCUUUAUUAAUGUCACACUGGGAAAUGUCAGCUGGGUUUGCUGAGCAUCCCUUGGCACUGAGCCCUCCCGGCUGCGCUGGCUGCCGAGCCCACGCGUGCGGAGCCGCUCGCUCGCGGGCCACUCGCGCGGCCACCAAGUGUCACCAGGGAUAUUUCUCCUGGUGUCACAUGGGGAGGACAGAAGGAUACUGCAGAAGGUCAGCACAGCCCUAAAAAUAUGUCUCUGUGUGUGCAGGGCUGUAUUUUUGGCUUCUUCAUAAUCCAACCCACACACUGCUAGUGAAAGGCUUGAGAGGCCUGGGCACGGGCACCUUUAGGAAUGAGGGAAAGGUUUAAUAAGGUUAUGGGAGGCCUUGAGGACCCCUUGGCUUGGCCUUUCACUGAUUCACAGGGAAAUAAUGUGUGAGUGGCUCCAGGGAGCCCAAGGCUCCCCUUCUGCUAUAGAACUCCGCAGCAGGGUGGUCAGAAAGGGAAUUGCCAGAGGAGCUGAUGAAGCCCAGCAACAUCCCAAAUAUUUCUCCAGAAAUCAAGGCAGAAGUUUAUUCCUCUCUUUAGAGAAGAAGAAAGGAAGGGGAAGAGGAAGGAGAAGGGGAAGGGGGUUCUAGGCUGCCUGUCAGGCCUGUUUAACUGCACCAUGUAAACCCAUUUUUACAACUGUGUAAGUUUGAGUUAUGUGUGUUAUUUUUGCAAACUGUUUCCACAUGGCUGAAUUUCUUGAUGACAGAAGUGAGUACAUGCACAGGGUUAUGCAAAUGAAAUACUUA